CGGCACACGCGCGCAGCGGAGUUUCCCUUUCCGGACCCCCGAGAGGUGGGGCUAAGGUGGGAGCAUGAGGCUGUCCCUGGCCGCCGCUAUCUCCCACGGCCGCGUCUACCGCCGCCUGGGCCUCGGCCCCGAGUCCCGCAUCCAUCUGCUCCGGAACUUGCUCACAGGCCUAGUUCGCCACGAACGCAUCGAGGCGACAUGGGCACGUGUGGACGAGAUGAGGGGCUUCGCGGAGAAGCUCAUCGAUUAUGGAAAGCUGGGAGACACCAACGAACGAGCCAUGCGGAUGGCUGACUUCUGGCUCACUGAGAAAGACUUGAUCCCAAAGCUGUUUAAAGUGCUAGCACCUCGGUUCCAAGGUCAGAAUGGGAACUACACAAGAAUGCUACAGAUUCCGAAUCGGAAGGAGCAAGAUCGGGCCAAGAUGGCAGUGAUAGAAUAUAAGGGGAACUGCCUCCCUCCCCUGCCUCUGCCUCACAGAGACAGCAACCUCACUCUCCUAAACCAGCUGCUCCUGGGACUGCAGCAGGACCUGCACCGUGACAGGAAAGCAAGCGUCCACAACUCCCAUACGGUUCAAACACCUAAGAUGUAACGAGCUGGAGACUGUAUCCGUGUGGUACCCCUGUUCAGAGAUCUUGGAGCUCUUGUGUAUGAGACCUGGAAGUAGCAUUGUAAAGCCCUGUCAUAAUGGGGCCCAGACCUCCCUGCUGACUCAAAUGAUCCUCUUUGCACCACAUAUAAAAUUCUUGAUAUGAACAUAAAA